AAAAAAAACUUUAAAGAAGGAAAUUAAAUUAACAAGCAUUUAAUAUGACAUAUAAAUUAAAAAUUAUAAUUUUGCAGUAUAAGAAGAUUUUAAUUUUGCAAUAUUGUCAAAUUAUAAUCUGAAACAUCAAUUAAAUUUUAUUAUAAAUUGUAACCUCUUUUGCAAUUUAUAAAUUUUUAACUUAAAAACAAAACAUUACACAUUGAUAUUACUUUAUUAAAUACGGUAAAAUUUAAUGAUAGAAUAAUGCUUAUAAAAAGAUUUUAUAAUAAUUAUAGCGAUGUAAUAAUUUUAUAUCUUGAACCGUUAUCAUAAUUCUUAUAUUCUUAUAAAUUCAAAUUUUAAUUUGAAAUAUAAUAAUAAUAUGUUCGUAUAUUAAAUGAUCUGUAACAAAAUAAUAUUAAAAAAGUAAUAACCAUUCCAAAGAAUAAAAGCUAUGGAUAAAAAAACAUAUAAAAAAUAUAAACGAAGGAUCGCACAAGCUGUAGCUAAAGUCGAUAAUAAGCCUCCAAGAUUUGAAGUGUCCGUAUAUUACAAACCGCAUAAUAUGAGAAGCGACAUAAAUCGAAUAAGAGAAAUCGACAAGCAAAAUAUAAAAUUAUUAAGGCGGAUGAAUAUAAUUACUCGGUUAAGGGCAAAUGUCGAUUGCUGGUUACCAAAGAUAAAAUAUAAAUCAAAACUUGAUAACCAGGCACUAAAAAAUACACAAGUCAUGAAAGAAAAUAAAAAUUUAUUACGAAAAAUUCGUAAAGCAAGUACUAAUUAUCCUACUGCCGAGUUUAUACAAGAUUGGAAAGAAAUAAAAAUGAAAAUGGAACACAAUAAAAGAAACACACCGUUUCAUCGAAUUGUAUCUGGUUAUUGGUGUCAAGGUGGAGACGUUACAAAACUUAACGGGUGUGGAGGAAAGUCCAUAUAUGGUGAAUCAUUUGAGCAUGAGAAUUACAACUUACGUCAUGCUGGUCCCGGAAUUUUGUCCAUGUGUAACGAAACUGAAAAUACAUGCAAUUCCAAAUUUAAUCUUACUUUUAGACAAUUGGAAACAGUAGACGGGAAAAAUGUAGUUUUUGGGAAAGUGAUUGCAGGUCUUUCAAACAUUUAUAAGAUUGAAGAAUUUGGUACAAAAACAGGAAAACCAUUUAAAACAAUAAUUAUAUCCAAUUGUGGUAUUAUAUCAAGAUAUAUAAAAAAUAGAUAAAAAUCAAGCAAAGCAUAAAAAUUUCAUUUAAUUGGUGAAAGUCAGAAGUCUUUGAUAGUAUAACGUCAAUGUUAAUAGUUACUUUAUCGUAUAUAGAAAAACAUAAUUAUAUCAAUUACUUAAUUAAUUUUUCUCUCAAAUGUUCUUUCUUUAUAUCUGUACAUUGUAUAAAAACAUAAAACAUUAAAAAAAAGUA